AUGAAUGGUGCUACUGGCAAAUACGCCUGCCUGAGCCACCCUUGGGGCAAGCGUCCAUUGUUGCGAACACUGAAGAAGAAUCUCUCUCAAUUCACCAAUGAAAUCCAGUGGUCAGAUCUGCCUCCCACUUUCAGAGACGCAAUCGACUUUACCCACCGACUUGGCCUCAAGUAUAUCUGGAUCGAUUCCCUUUGCAUCAUUCAGGAUGAUCCUCUCGACUGGCAGAGAGAGGCCGCCAAAAUGCCCGACAUUUAUCAGAAUGCCUACGUAACGCUCGCAGCUUCCAAAGCAGUCGACUCCAGCCGCGGGCUUUACACCUCUUCCUUGGAUCCUAAACAUCAAUCGCACCAGCUGUCACUCAUGAAUGAUGUGGAUGAUUCAGAUCUCAAACUACACGCGUAUUCGGAAUUGCUACACAUUGAUAGCUUCUGGUCCUACUUCCCUAUCACAAAACGGGCGUGGGUGUUUCAGGAACGUCUGCUCUCAGGUAGAGUUGUACACUUUGCCGGUUCCGAAUUGAAUUGGGAAUGUCGCUCAGCGAGGACAUGCGAGUGCGGUGAGAUCUCAACCUCCACCUCUUUGCCUGAGAAGAUCCAAUUCUCAGGUAGUUUGGCCGAGUUGAGUGGGCAGUACAAUUGGAUUGCAGAAGGACUGCCACCCUCAGCACCAGGAAAUGGCCAAGACGAAAAUCUGGACUACAGCAAGUUUACCCCGGCACUACUCCAUUCGCCCAAGUGGACCAAAAGCGUCAAAACGUGGCGACAAACAGUACAGUCUUACUGUGCUCUGAACUUGACGUUUUCAAAGGACAUCUUCCCGGCUUUGGCCGGCAUUGCAAAAGUGUGGAAUCCCGAGUACGAGAAACUCUAUCGAGCGGGGCUAUGGAUGGACUCGUUGCAUCUAGAUCUUUUGUGGCUCGUCUAUAAACCUGAAAAGCGUCCUAUUGUAUGGAGGGCCCCGACAUGGUCGUGGGCAUCUCUUGAGUACCACAACGACGACUUUAUUCGCUUCGACUCUGACUCAGAUUGCAGAAACUCUGGCAAGGGCAGCUGGUUCUCGUUGGGGAAGAUAGGGAGCGAAGAUUACUCUCCUGUUGCAGAUAUUCUGGAAGCAGUUUGCGUUCCAGCUGGUAUUGUCGAUCCAACCGGAGAGCUUGACUCUGCCCACCUUCUACUUUCAACUUUUGCAAUCUCCGGAACACUAGUGAAAUGGCCGGGAGUACUCGUUGAAUAUGGUGUCAGUCCUGUCUGGCUCGUUGUCGGGAACUUAUGGAUCAGCCAAGGCGACAGCCAUACUAGGGGCUUGCAUUUGGACGCUCCGAUCAUUGGCGCAAAUUCCGGGUGGUCGAUUCCCGUUCGCAUUAUUCGCAUAACGGAUUUCGGUGCCAACACAGGCAACCAUCCUGAUAUGGCCUGUCUGGUGAUCCGAUCAAAACGAGCCGCGACCGCAGAUGGACACAUUGAGUAUGAACGUCUUGGUUACGUCCGAUUUGUAGAACAAGGAUUCUCACAAGUGCCGGCCAUCCCGAACGAACAUUCAACUCCAGAACCCAGCAUUCAAGAUUGGUUGACAAGAUAUCGGGAAUAUAUCAAAGGGAAACAUACGCGGGAACUGGGCGUAUCGAAUCUGGGGCGUCUCAAAGAUUGUUUCGAAAAAUCAGGGCGCGAGAUUUUCAAGAUUGUGUAG